AGAGGGCUACUUCAUAGUGAAGAGUUUCAGAGCGCCUACCCACAGACCCGUGUCGUGUGGCUGCAGUCAAAUGUUGAGGCGCGUACAGUGUGAGUGAAAGAUCGCAGGUAGGAGCGCGCACUUCACUUUGUGCUUUGUAAUACUGCUCGAGUCCAACCUGCUAUGCCUUGCGAAAUUUUGGUUGGAGAGGGGGAAGGAUAGAAUGGAGUACAAGGCGACUGAGGUCUGUGUGGACUGAAGACAAGAGCGCGCUAUGGAGAUGACCGCUCGCCUCGCGCACUUGGACACCAAGGUGGAUGGCAGAAACUGUGAUGGGCUCGUCAACCAUAACGGAGAGGCGACAGAGAUAACAGUACCGCUCUCUCACACGGGGAAAAGACUCAGUCCGAUCGAGGGGGGAAAUCUUUAUAGACUGCGGGACAGAAAGUUCCUUUUGGAGGACAAGAAGCGCCUCUGCGCGUGGGCACUGGGAACAGCGUUGUUAGGCAUUCUGCUGAUGGUAUUACAUGCUGAGCUGUGCCCAGUAGUGUAUAAGCCAGGAUCCAUAUAUGCCCUCUCCAUAAACGGUCUCAUCAGUUUCUCCACUGGGUGUCUGCUCAUUCUCAUCAUCGCCUUCCAUUAUAAAGACAUCAGACUUUUCAUCAUUGACCACAACCAGGUGGACUGGCGCAUUGCCAUGACCAGUAACCGAGUGCUCGGCAUCUCCCUGGAGCUCAUUGUCUGUGCUAUCCAUCCUGUGGCCAUCUACCUGAGGCCAGAUAUGGGGGGCAGACUCGGGGGGAAACCAGAGCAAAAUUCCUCUACCCCCCUCUGCUUGUCCUCCAGCCACAAAGAAGUCAUGCUCGAUGUGGAGCUGCUGCUGUCGGCCCUCAUGUUCCUGAGACUGUAUCUCGUGCACAGAGCCGUCCUGUUACACAGCAAGGUGCUCCUCAGCGCCUCUUACAGGAGCAUCGGCUCCCUCAACAACAUCAACUUCAGCUUCCGCUUUGUGCUCAAGGUGUUAAUGAACAAGUAUCCGGCCCGCACGCUGCUGGUCUUCAUUAUGUUAUUCUGGUUCUCCGCUGCUUGGAUGCUGCGGCUCUGUGAAAGGCAAAAACAGGUCGAGACAGGUGGCAUGGACACAGCACUGUGGCUUAUAGCCAUUACCUUCCUCACAGUGGGCUAUGGAGAUGUGUCCCCUCACACCAGCUGUGGGAAGUUGGUGUGUCUCUUCACAGGCGUCAUGGGUGUGGCAUGUACUGCUAUGUUGGUAGCAGUCAUGACUAAGAAAUUGGCGCUUAACAAAGGGGAGAAACACGUGCAUUUCUUCAUGAUGGACAUUCAGAUCUCCAAGCGGAUCCGGCACGCAGCAGCCGAUGUGCUGAGAGAAUGUUGGCUACUGCAUCGCACCACCCAGACGAAGGACAACAGCGGAGAGCAUCGACAUCAUCAGAGAUGCCUGCUGGAGGCGAUCCGUGUAUUUCGUCACUUGCGGUUGAAGCAGAGGAAGAUAAGGGACUAUGCCAGUGAGAUGGUGGAUCUUUCGAAGAUGCAGAUGAUCAUGUGUGAUCUGAGUGCAAACUGGAACAGCUCUUAUCAUGAGCUUGAACAGCGAAUCAUCUCCAUGGAGCAGAAGCUAGACGAGCUGGGACGCUCCUUCCAAAGCACCUCUGAGCUGCUCACACAGGCGCUGCAUCGCCGUAGACUGGACCACAGGUGACCUGUGACAUCUCUUUUGGAAGGCCAUCCUCUGAAUGUUCUUCAAUCAAACCACUUGAACCGGAGGAGGAUUAACAACCACAGCAGACAUCUUUUUUUAUUUAGCUCUGCUAUGCCUAUUUAUGAACAUUUCCUCAAUUCUCAAUUCUACAAACAUGAAAUUGAGAAAAGGCCACUUUUUGGUUACUUUAAACUUUUUACCAUUGAUUUAGAGUUUCAGUUCAUAAUUGAUACAAAAACUAAGAGAUAUAAAUUCUGGUGUUACAUGAAGAAACAAAUUCUGAUUUCUCGUAAAAUAAUAGUACAGGUCUCCGAGUGAUUUAUAUCAUUGUGAAAGUCACUGAAAGGAUGUGGAUUCUUCUAUUAUUCUUCUAUUUCCGAACUGUCAGUCUCUUAUAGACUGAUCUAGGUGAGACUGGGGAAGUUCACCUGAAGCUCAGAUGUUUAUCUCAAAAUUGGGAAGUAAGAAUCAAGCAGAGUAGCUUGAUUUUAAUUUUAUGUCUCUAAUUUGAUACACUCUUUUCCAGUUACAUUUAAAUGUGCAUACAACCUGGGAAUGACACAUUGAUGAAGCUUUCUGAAUCUUAAGCCAAUUAUAGUUAUGUGCCAAGGAUAAACCAGACUUCCUCACUGACUGUUGCCCUUGAACACUGUUAUUUUAAAACGACCCUCAUUUAGGCAGAACCUGCACCCAUAAAAAAUCUGGGAAUGACUUGAAUUUCCAUCAGCCCUUUAACCUGACAGGGCAUCUGUUGAAUGAUGGUAUGUGGCGGCUCUAACUACACAAUGAAACGUUUUUGUACAUUAUGGUCUUCAGAAUAUUGGUGUAACGGAAAAAUCUUUAUUGCUUGAGCCUGUUCAUUAAGAAAGAGGCUGUCAGUCCUCUCGGAUAACUCCUCCUGGUGGACAAAAGUGUGUGCUGCAGAUUCGGUUAUCGUUCCUAUGAAGACCAUGCUUAGGCCUUGUCCUUUAUUGUUUAGGAUAAAUAAUUUUCAGAACAGACUGAAUACCUAGAUGUAUAUGCAGCAUAGUGACUACAUGAGGGCAAUGGGAAUAAAAAGAGAGGUCAGAUCUGUUUUAUGUAUUUCUUUUCCAAAAAACAGGAACUUCAUCUUAGGUGUACCGUCUUCAACCAUUGGAACCUGCUGAUAUAUGAAUGGCACCUUACUCAUUAUUUGACCAAUCAUUAACCUUUGCUGUUUUUACUAUUAUUUGUUUGUCAAAAACAAACAUAGAGAAGCAAACCAGAACAUUUUUUUUCUUUUGUCUUAGAUUCAAGAUGAUCAGGAAUUCAGUCUUGCAUGUUGUAUUGUGAAAU